AUGGCCAACAACGACAUGCAGGGCAGCAUCCCCAGGAUCGACUUCACCGGCAUCGACCCAGCCGCAGGUCCCCGCGACGCCCGGUGGACCACCGUGCGCGCGGCCGUCAUGGACGCGCUCCUCGAGCACGGCUGCUUCGAGGCCGUCAUGGACGGCCUCAUCGCUCCGGAGCUCAGCGCGGCCGUUCUCGGCCCGGGCGGUGCGGUGGAGUCCCUCCUCUCUCUGCCUGUCAGCGCCAAGGCGCGCAACACCAGCGACAAGCCCUACCGCGGCUACAUCGGCUCGAUCCCCGGCUUGCCGUACGAGAGCUUGGGCAUCGACGACCCACUCAACCUCGACGCAGUCCGCGCCUUCGCCGACCUCAUGUGGCCCGACACCGGCAACAAAUCCUUCUGCGAGUCGAUGCACGCGUACGCGGAGAAAGUGGCGGUGCUGGAGGCCGUGGUGCGGCGCAUGGUGCUGGAGAGCGCGGGCGCAACCGCCGAGUACAUCGAAGAGCAGGCGAAGGCGACGUCGUUCAAGCUCCGGCUGACGGAGUACGCGGCGCCCGGCACGGCGGAUGGGAAGAGGGUCGUCGGCCUCCCCGCGCACCGGGACACGAGCUUCCUCGCCGUGCUCACGCAGAACGACAUCGACGGCGUGGAGGUGGAGUGUGGCCGCGGCGAGGGUGGCAUCUGGGCCCGCCCCGCGCUGUCGCCCGGCUCAUUCCUCAUCUUCGCCGGUGACACGUUCAAAGUACUGACGAACGGUCGGGUGUUCAACCCGCUGCACCGCGUGGUGAUGUCCGGCGACAAGACCCGCUACUCCUCCAUCCUCUUCUCCUCCCCGAAAGACGAUGUCAUCGUUCGCGCGAUCGAGGAGACAGUGGACACCGAGCAUCCCGCCGUCUACAGGCCCUUCGAGUACGGCGAGUACGUCGUUUUCUGCUACAAGCCGGAGAUCGUUCGGCACCCGAACAAACUGGAGGCUUUCGCCGCCGUGCGCGUCGACGGAUAG